CCUCUCUCACUAAUCCCUUCCUCUCUCUCUCUCUCUCAAAACACCUAAACCUCUGGUUUUCUCUGCGCAUCAUUCUCUUUCUCUCUACCCUCCCCUUCCUCACUACUUGCAUUUACAUAUAUUUUUAUAUAUACAGAAACGUAUAUAUAUAUAGAAGAAAUGUAUAAUUGGGAGAAAUCAACGAGAGAAGAAAGAAUGAGAAGAAAUGCGAGAAAUCCGUCUUUCUCUUCGACUCUUCUCGACGAGAUCUACCGUUCAAUCGACGGUGGACUCGAAAAGCAUGAGGAAUUCAAAAUCAACAGAGAAAGAACGGCGAAGAAACAGAGCAACAAUGGUGCUUUUGUGAAAGCAAAUACUGGUAAUGUCGAAGACGAAGAGACGGCGACCCUCCGGCGAGCAUGUCUGAUUGAUAAAUUGAUUGAGAAGAAGGUCAACGAGAAGGUUUCGGCUCGGAGACGAGAAACAUCGCCGGAGCUGGACAGAAAAUCACCGCACGUUGAUAACGAUCCUCUGUUCUUCAGCUCUUCUUCGAGUUCUUCGGAUUCGAGUUUCGGAGGUUUCUCCUCCUCCGAAACCGAAUCCUUCCCCGCGCCGAAGUUGAAGACCUCUUGUUUUCGCGCGGCGAUGCCGAAACAAGUGAAAACAACUGUAUCUGCCCCGUCGGGGAAAUCCUCUUCCGACGAUCAUCAUCAUCAGCGAAACAAUGAAGAACUGAAAAGUGAAGAAGGUUUGAAUAAUUUGAAAUUGAGAGCUUUAAAGAUUUACAGCAAUCUGAAGAAGGCGAAACAGCCGAUCUCACCGGGAGGUCGGCUGGCUACCUUUAUGAACUCUCUGUUCACGAAUGGAAAUGCGAAGAAGAAGACGGAUAGUCCGAGAUCAAUCGGAGUCGAUGACGAAUCAAAAGCCACACCACCAUCUACAUGUUCAUCGGCUUCUUCAUUUUCUAGGUCUUGUUUGAGCAAAACUUCUCUCAAUUCGGGAGAGAAGUUCAACAAUGGCGUGAAGAGGACGGUCCGAUUCAAUCCGGUGAGUGUGAUUGUGGACGAAGAUAGUCGUCCGUGUGGCCACAAAUGCAUCUACAAAAAUGAUGAUUCUCGGAAGUUUGGGACAUCGUUGCCGUUGCGAACCAAAGGAAGGAAAUUGGAAGAAAUUGAAAGUGAUUUCGUAAAAUGCUAUCAGAAUCAGAAGAAGAAGGAGUUGGUGCUCAAAAAUGGCCGAAGAAAUGGCAACGAUUACGACGAGGAGGAUGAUGUAUUUAGUGAUUCGAGCUCGGACUUAUUCGAGAUUGAUCACUUGGCACUAGUGGGAAGGAAUAGGUACUGCGAAGAACUUCCGGUAUAUGAAACAACUCAUCUUUAUACCAAUCGUGCCAUCGCUAAUGGCUUGAUUCGUUAGGUGUUAUUAUAAUACAAGUAUUAGUAUAUUUUGGUAUGAAAUAGUGCUUCGAUUUUGAACUUCUUGUAUAGUGAUACAUAUUGGUGAUGUCAUGUAACAGAAAUAUUUGAAUUAAAACAUGGUUGA